AUGAACAACACAAACCCUACAUCUUUCAAAAGUAUUUUAGCUGGUGUCAAACGACUGCGUAACCAAGCGGGAGAAGGUGAUUCCGAUACGAGUACGAAUGCAGUGAAAUCAAGGCAACAGAAGGCACCUCUUAGUCAUGGGCAGGAUUCAAGCCGAUUACCAAGCUCAACCAAGGUCACAAAUACCUUCAACCAACAACGUUUUGUGCGGGACACGGACAGUAGAGCUACAGGUUCCACGACCCAGAAUAAGUUUCAACCUACUGUCGCUAAGGGGCCGUCACUCGGGAAGACUGUACUGGUCAAUACAACACAGAAGGAAAAUCCGCUGCUUGCGGAUUUGAAGAAUACUGCUUGGAGGUACAUAUCCUCUACUGCUACAAGAAAAAUAUACUAUGACUAUUUCAUCAAAAAUCGUUCUGUGUUGUUUCUAACGCUUUCGUAUCAUAAAUUGUACCCUGACUAUCUAGAGAGACGAAUGCUACCGUUAAAAGUCAACGAAAACAAUAUAUUAAUAUUUGUCAAGGAUGAUGAUUCGCAUUCGGAGGAGACUUUGACGGAGAUUACCAAGAUUGCCAUGUUCAAUGGGUUUACACUUUUAUUGGCUUUCAAUUUUGAACAAGCAGCCAAAUAUAUAGAGUACUUAAAUACAGCAUAG